AGUAAGUACUGCUUACUUUUUGCGACUGACUGUCACAAGAACGCAAUUGGCCUGAGACUAUUUGCGACUUCUGUCUCAAGCACACCGAUGCGCACAGAUGGACGGAAGGCGAGUGAAUUGAGGGAGAUAAGCAUAGUCUACGAGAGGCUGGAUAGAGUGGAUGGGUCAGCCAGAUUCGGUUUCGGCGAGACAAAAUCGCUUGCUUCAGUAUCAGGGCCGAUCGAGGUCCGCGCCAACCUCGAGCUGCCGUCACAGGCGACGCUGGACAUCCACAUCCGACCACUCGCCUCUAUCUCCGGGACGGACUCCAAAGCACUCUCCGCGACACUCAAAGGCAUACUGUCUCCAGCCCUCCUUCUCUCUCAUCACCCCCGGACGCUCGUGCAGAUAGUCGGCCAGGCCUUAUGCGGGACCGACAGCGGCAGCGGGAUGGGAAGCGUCGGACGCGGUUGGAGCGCGAACCUCAUUGCGAGCUUGGUGAACGCAAGCAGUGCAGCACUGAUCAGCGCGAGCUCUGUGCCAAUGCGGGGCAUCGUAUGUGCUGUUGCUGUGGGACGGCUGCCGUCCGAAUCUGCAUUGAAGCUGGUACUCGAUCCUUCCGAGGCAGAGAUGCCUCGCCUUUCUGGUGGAGGCUGUUUCGCUUUCCUAUUUUCGGUCGUCCUGUCUUCUGCUUCUUCGAGCACCCAGGAGGUUCCGCCAUGUUCGCUGCUCUGGACGAACUACACCACCAACACGCCGUUCGACGAAGCUGAGCUGAAGCGCGCGCGGGAACUUGCAGAGGGCGGUGCGCGGGAAGUCUGGAAGAUACUGAAGGAGAGCAUAAGCACGAUGGAUGCUUCGCAUGCCAGCACUAUCCAGAAGACAAGGGCGGAACCGGAGGCGAUGGAGGAAGUCCCUUCCCAUGCCGAAGAUAGCGACGACGCAAAGAUGGAGAUAUGAAGGGGUGCCUCGCGUUGCAGUCGUUCUCUACAGGGCCACCCGACCCCAGCAGCGACAAGCUGUGCGUCCGGAAUGCAAUGACGAGGCCACCUCAUGGGACUGUGCCCGAGAGGCAGCAAAUAUCUCCUCUUCGCGAAGUCUUUGCAGCCGCCGAUGUGCCCUGCACGUUUGGGCGCUACUACACAGGCCGCAGUCCCCCCAAGGGCCGCAGUC